AACUUGAGAAGUAAAAUCCAGAAGUGACAUAACGUUUGGGUAAUCUGUGGUUCGACAAUUAGAACUUCUUUUCUGUUGUCAAAAUAGGCGGAAGUUAGUUGUUGGUCAAGAUGUUGAUGCCAAAACAGAAUCGCGUUGCGAUUUAUGAAUAUCUCUUCAAGGAGGGUGUUAUGGUAGCUAAGAAGGACUACCAUGCACCUAAACACCCUGAUCUCGAGAAGAUCCCCAACCUUCAGGUCAUCAAGGCGAUGCAGUCGUUGAAAUCUAGAGGUUAUGUGAAAGAACAGUUUGCGUGGAGACAUUUCUACUGGUACCUCACAAAUGAAGGCAUUGAGUACCUCAGAAUCUUCCUCCACUUGCCGCCUGAAAUUGUACCCGCUACACUCAAACGAUCAGUACGUGUAGAGACAGUCCGUCGUGGUGCCGUUGGCCGGUCAGAUGCCCCAGCACGCUCCGCUGAAGACAGAUCAAUGUACCGUCGUGCACCUACCACACCUGGUGCGCCACAUGAUAAGAAGGCUGAUGUCGGUUCUGGCUCUGCUCCUGUUGAAUUCAGAGGAGGAUACGGACGUGGCAGACCUGCUCCUUAAUUAAGCUAAAUAAAAAAUUAUCUAAA